GUUUAGUUAAAAUGGCUAAGUUUGGGCUAUCGAAUGAAAGCCCAAAGCAUUUUCCACCAACUUUGUCCACAAUUGUCUAUCUCAAAAAAUAGCCUCCCCAAAAAAACAAGACGACAUCGUCUUGCCACAAGUAAAUAGCCAACACAUUCUGCCUUUCAGGACGAAGAACGCAAAAUCGAUUGACUCAUAUUCAAGAGAAGGAUUUCCAGAGCGGCGGAAGGAGCGCGAAGACGCGGCCGGAGUCUUCUCGAAUCCGGUCAUAGGUGUCCAGUUUCUUGUUUCUUCAACAUUGAAAGUGGAGACCAGUGGCACUGAAUAAUGCUGUGUCUUUAAGACUUUUAUGCUAAGUGUUGCUGUGUAAGCGGAAGGAUGCAAACAGAAUAAUCAAUAAAGUGAUUCGAUGAAUUUCAUACUUUUAACUUGCCAAUCUCAUAGAAGUAUUUCUCAGAGAAUAAAUUAUGGUGACAAACUCUUUAUUGAUUGGAUGCAGUUUAUGUUGUUUAAAUAGAAAUGGAAAAUAGCGCGCAUGUUGGAGACUACUCUACAUUAAAACCUAAAUGGAGAAAAAUUGCUUAUGGGGGGAUGCAGCCUGGGUUUGAAGAUAAUCACACUGAUGACUCCUUUUUAGAAGAUAUGAUUAUGAAUGCCAAUGUAGUUAGAAGGGACUUGCUAAAGGUGAUGCUUGAUUCAGUUUCAAUCUCUCAGUAUCUUUGCAUUGUUGCUCUUGUGGUUUUGGUGUGGACUUACACACUCAGGUCUACACUGAACGAAGAUUAUCUGUUGCUUCUUGAUGUUGCUGUUCUUGGAUCAGGUUUUCUCAUUCUUAUUUUGACUGCAGAAAUGCUCUCUUUUAACCUCCUCCUUAGUUACUUGCGCAAAAUUUCCUUCUUCAUUGCGGGUUUAUAUCUUCUAUCCCCUAUUUACCAUACACUCACACGUUCUAUAAGUUCAGACUCCAUUUGGGCUCUUACAACUGCACUUAUCAUACUCCAUCUGUUCUUGCAUGACUACACUGGAUCAACAGUUAAAGCUCCCGGGACCUUGGAAAAUCCAGCAUUUACAAGCAACAUUUCUUUAAAUGCUUCUAUUGUGGCUUCAGUUUUAAUUGCUUCUCGCCUUCCGUCGAGAUUUCAUGUCUUUGCUAUUAUGCUCUUCUCCUUGCAAGUUUUCCUCUUUGCUCCCCUUGUCACAUAUUGCAUUAGGAAAUACUCUUUCCGGCUGCAUCUCUUUCUCUCUUUGAGCUUAAUGUCAUUGACAUUGAUUUUGGUAUAUAAUUUACAUAGGUUACUUUUCAUGUUUUUGUUUGUCAUUUUGGCUUUAGUGAAUUUGAUCUGUCCUUAUUGGCUAAUUAGAAUUCAGGAGUUCAAGUUUGAGAUUAAUGGUCCUUGGGACGAAGCUAAACUGUGUUUUAAUGUAACAGAAUAGUUCCAUUUUUGCUUAUAUGUUGUUUAUUCUCAUUCUUCAAUUGACUUGUAACAUAUUUUUUUCACUUUAGCUAAUCAUCGGACUAUGCUGUAAUUUCAAAAGUGAUUUCGCCAAUCAUGUUAUUUCAAGUAGUGUUCUUAGGUUGGAACUUUUCCCGGUACAGAAGAAAUCCAGGAAGAAGAAAUUAUCUGCAGGGGUCGACGGAUGGAGUCGGUUUUGCUGUAAAAGUUAGAUAAACAAAGGAAUCAGAUGGCAGAAUUAUUUAUCAGUGGCGCAUAUAUGUGUUUGUUUUCUACCCUUUUGCUGGAAACAUCUAGAAGCAAAGUUUAAUCAGCCCCUAACAACUUGCUGACUUGAAUGUUAUCUGUCUUGAAGUGACUUGAUGAGUUGGAUUUGGGAGUGCAGCGUAUCCCCAUUUGGGAUGAAAAGCGAACAUUAAAUUGAAGAAAACUAUUAAUAUGAGACGGGGCAAACAUUAACAUUAUUAUGACUGAUGCUGUGAUGUAACUAAACAGACUGAUUUUCUAAUACUUUGGCAUAUGCCUAUGUAUGGAAGUUGUUACUCAAGUCUCAAACAACGGCAUUCUGUUUACCUCCCUGACCAUAAAGCUUCGUCUUUUCUUCUUUGGAUCACGCUGAAGGUAGUGGCCGGAGCAGUAGCCGGUGCAGUUUUAGACAAUUUGCUGCCGUAAUUCAAAGGAUCUACUACAAAUUUGUUACCAUGAAGAAACUGUAACAUCAGCUGAGUAAUCUAAAUCAACUUACUU